AUGGAGGAAAUUUAUGUCAAUGCUGAAUAUUUCAAAUCCGACAACUCAACACCUUCAACAAAUCACACAGGUCAAAGGAGCUCUAAAAGGAGUCUCUAUUUAGUUCUUAUUUUCUCUCUGGGCCUCCUGAGUGUUUUCCUGCUGGUUGGACUUAUCACUCUUGACCUUCUAAAUGCAAGUCUCUCUGCUGUGAGUAACCAACUUUCCUCCAUGACUGAGGAGAGAAACCUUCUAAAUGCAAGUCUCUCUGCUGUGAGUAACCAACUUUCCUCCAUGACUGAGGAGAGAGACCUUCUAAAUGCAAGUCUCUCUGCUGUGAGUAACCAACUUUCCUCCAUGACUGAGGAGAGAGACCUUCUAAAUGCAAGUCUCUCUGCUGUGAGUAACCAACUUUCCUCCAUGACUGAGGAGAGAGACCUGCUGACAGAAAAUACCAAAGAGCUGAAAAGACUGCUGUAUUUGGCCAAUCAGAACAAAGCAUGUCCUGCAGGAUGGAGGAAGUUCAGUUGUAGCUGCUAUCUCCUGUCUGAAAGGUCUGAUUCCUGGGAUGCAGCCAGAAAGGACUGCAGAGACAGAGAAGCAGAUUUGGUGGUGAUAGACAGCACUGAAGAACAGACCUUUCUCUCUACGGUGACGAAGGUAUACACCUGGAUUGGGUUAAAUGACAAAGAAAAGGAGGGAACAUGGAAAUGGGUUGAUGGAACUGCAGUGACUCUGACGAACUGGGCGAAAAAUCAACCUGAUGAUGGUGGUAGACGUCAAAAUCUGGGUGAAGAAAACUGCGCUCAUAUCAAAGACAUCAUGUUCUGGAAUGAUCUUUCAUGUUCAGCUUCUUUGAAGUGGAUCUGUGAAAAAACACCAUAA